UCAUUGUUUGAGCAGUGUUAUUCUUUUGCUUUUUGUAAUUAUAAAUAACCCAAUCUUUCUCAUCCAACUUCAACUUCAACAAUUUCUUCUUUCAUCUCAUUUUUAUAGUAAAUUUCUUCUUUGAUCUCAUUUUUCUAGUAAUGGCGGAGUGUGAAGUUUUAACUGAAAUAGUUGGGAAGAUUUUGGAGUCAAAGUUGGGUGAACUUUCAAAGAAGGCAUCUUCCCCCUCUUUCAUUUUCAAGGCGCCUCGUGAGCUGCGUCGGGUAAAUGAAAGUGCCUUUGAGCCGCAAAUCAUCUCCAUAGGCCCAUACCACCACGGUAAACCUCAUUUGGAAGCAAUGGAAAGCCAGAAACUCCAUUAUUUAGAUAGCAUUCGCCAACAGCCCGAAGGUUUGGAACUCUUCAUCGACGUCUAUAUGUCCAUAGAACAGUUUGUUUGGGAUUCCUACGCGGAACAUGAUCUUAAGAAACGUGACGAAUUUGGGGCGAUUAUAGUCCUCGAUGGGUUGUUUUUUGUUCAACUCUUUCGCAAAGUCAUGGAUCCAAAAUUGAGAGAAGAAAACGAUGCCCUCUUCAAGCAGAAUUUGAAUCUAUCUAUUGUGGCAGAAGAUUUGUUGCUGCUCGAAAAUCAACUUCCUUUUCGUGUAUUAGAAAUGUUCGGUAAUAAGCUUGGGAUUGAUGGAGCAACUUUAAGAAAGGAAGCACUUAUUUUCUUCUCAGAAACAGAACCACGGCAGAUCGGAAUGUUAUAUGAAGAUGAUCUUAUCCCAAUGUUAUAUAAAGAAGAAAUUAUUAUCCGAAAUGACGAGCAUCUACUAGGCUUGGUGCACGAUAAUUGGAUUCCACGACAACCACAACCAAAAUCAGAAUUAGUUCCCUUCCAUAUAAUAGAGACAUCGGGCUUGGAGGAAACCAAUUCGCAAACAAGUCUUUCUAAAAAAAGGCAGCAGGCCGAAGGAAAUCGGAAGAAGGCUCCAGUCCGUAAAGUAAAGAGACGCGUACCACGGUUAGUCAUAAGAUCUGCAACGGAGCUGUCAGAGCGAGGAAUCAAGUUCCGCAAAAUUUCCGAUAGUUGCUUGUUUAACAUCCAAUUUAAACGUGGAAUACUUUAUAUUCCGACCUUGAUAGUCGACCACGAUACCGAUCGAAUGUUUCGGAACCUCAUUGCUUACGAACAAUUCCUGGACUGCCUCAUCAACUAUGCCAACGAUGUGGCUUUGCUAUGCGACUGUGGGGUAAUCGAGAAUCGGCUGGGUAGCAACGAAGAUGUGGCCAAAAUGAUUAACAAGCUUAACGAGUACGUUUAUCUAUGCACUGAAAACUUCCAUUAUUCCCCUAUAUUUAUUGAGGUGAACAGGCACUGCGGUCGACAAUUAACCUUAUGGACGGUGAAACUGAGGCAGAAAUAUUUCAAUGUCCCCUGGGGUUGGGUUCUCGCUUCCAUUUCUGCUGCCACUCUCUUGCUCAUACUUUCCUUUCUGCAAACUAUAUUCUCGGCUCUUUCUUAUUUCAAUCAAAGUGCAAGAUGAUUGUUCUUCAUGCACUCAUGCUUUUUAUGUUUGGUUUUGGUUAUUAAUGUUUGGGGUUUGGCUUGUAAUAAUUCAUUUUCGUUAUGUUUUUUUCCAGUUUAGAAUCAAACAAGUUUUAUUCCUAUAUUUAUUUUUCUAUUCGAGAAAAUGAAUGGUAAGGUGUACGUAGAUUCUACAACUUGAAUA